AUGGACAGCGAGGCCACUCAGAAUGCGCGCGACGAGCAAGACCGCGCGAAUGACCUCCACCUCGUCUCCUACACCCUCCUCGUCCAGUCGCUGACCAUCCAGGCUCCGCCACCGGGCGUCCCCCUUCCGCUUCCAAUCCCUGUGGAACUUCCACCAGGCAUCGCGAGGCGUAUUCUCGGUCCUAAUUCUGUGCAAGAACCGCAGUUACUAUUGGAAGAUGUGAGCUUGGAGUGCAAGCCCGGAGAGGUCCUCGCUAUAAUCGGUGCGAGUGGGUCCGGCAAGUCCACUCUGCUUAAUGCAAUCGGUAGGCGCACUGGCGGCCUGAAGACCCUUGCUGGCUCUGUCACCAUUCACCCCACUUCCGCCACAAGGAUCAAGGUGGCAGAUGCAAUCGGCUUCGUGCCACAGGACGAUCUCCUUCUCUCAUGCUUGACCGUUCGUGAGACCCUCCGGUUUGCAGCUGGCGGGAACAAUGAGGCAGUGGAGAGGACCAUCGGGGAGCUUGGUCUACAGAAAGCAGCGGAUACGCUGGUCGGCGGAGGAUCGUCAGGUAAGAAAGGUAUCUCGGGUGGCGAGCGGAGAAGGCUUUCGAUUGGCUGUGUACUCGUACGGCAACCAAGCGUUCUCAUCCUAGACGAACCCACAACCGGCCUCGACACCACCGCGGCCUUCUCCGUCCUUUCCCUGCUGUCCUCCCUCGCGCGGCGGAACCGCACCGUGAUCAUGUCCAUCCACCAGCCGCGCUCCGACGCCUACCCGCUCUUCGACCGGCUCUGCCUCCUCUCGCACGGGCGCGUCGUCUACUCCGGGCUCCGCCGCGACGUCCUCCCCUGGUUCGCGGAUCUCGGAUACACGUGCCCGCCGCAGACGAACCCGCUCGACUUCUUGAUCGACGUGAGCGCGGUGGACUCACGGGACGAGGAUGCGGAGAGGGCGAGCCAGGCGCGGGUGGAUCGGCUGAAGAGCGCGUGGGCAGAGAGGGAGAAGAUGAACGAGGAGGGCGAUAAGGGGGAGACCAAGGGGGCCGGCGAGGACGUGAACGUGGGCGCGGACAAGGGGAGGAAAUCGAAUCGGCCGGGCUUCGUCAAGCAGGUCGUCGUACUGACUAAUCGGGCGAUGAAGAACGUGUAUCGGGAUAAUGGGCUGCUCCUGGGUUUCCUGCUGCAGGUUGCUGUGAUCGGCGUCAUGGCAGGUUUGACUUUCUUCAAUCCGCCCGAGACCCCCGCCGGCAUACAGACGCUUAAGACGGUUUACUACCAGGGGGUCGUUAUGUUCUUCUAUUUAUCCUUUAUACUCUAUAUCUACAUAGACUGCGGGCAGCUCGUGGUAUUUGAUCGCGAGCGCGAGGAUCGACUAUAUGACGUGCUCCCCUGGGUGUGCAGUCAUCUGCUCGCCUUCCUGCCCAUCAACAUUAUCGCACCAACCCUAUAUGCUAUAAUCCUCUACUUCAUGUGCGGCUUCCGCCACGAUAAUCUCGCGAGAAACCUAUUCAUAUUCAUCGGCAAUUGCAUACUGCAACAGCACGGCUCAUUCGCCUAUGCCCUCCUAGCGGCCUCCAUCGACCGUAAUUUUGCUCAGGCAUCCCUGAUCGCGAAUGGAUUGUCCAUCGCCAUGUUUCUGAGCGCGGGGUACCUGAUCGUGAACCUCCCUGCGUAUAUUGGUUGGAUGAAAUGGCUGUCGCCGUACUUCUAUGGCUUCAGAUGGACAGCAAUCACCCAAUUCCGAGGUAGAGUCUUCUCGUGUUCAGGCAUCGAAGGCGUCCAACGAAAUCAGUGCAUCGGAGACAAUGUCCUCGUCGGCCUCCGGUUCAACCUCAACACACCCCUCUGGGUCUACCCCCUCGGUAUAGUCGGCUUCAUCCUCGUCGUCCUCGGCAUGGCCAUUGCCCUCCUUCAGUUCUACCACCCCGGCGGAGUGAAGCACGCGAAGAACAAACUCUCCUCUUCAGAGCGGCCUAAGAAACCCGCGAAGGUCGAGGAGGUGGAGGCGCCCACGCGCGAGCGGGUCGACGUGGAGCUGAAGGACAUGGGCAUCAUCGUUAAGGGCGGGCUUCUCUUGGGCACCGCUAGUAAGAGUAUUUUGGACGGUGUGGAUGUGACGUUUAGGCCUGGGCGGUUGACGGUCGUGCUGGGGCCGUCGGGUGCGGGAAAGGCAUGCGCCUCGUUGUUGGAGGCGAUGGCAGGUCAGCUGCCGCCGUCACGCUUCUCUGUGGCAGGUUCUAUCCUCUUCAAUGGUCGGCCUACCUCCUCAGGCCACAGUGAGCAGGUCGCGUUUGUGCAGCAGAGCGACCAAUGGCUCUUGCCUGCACUCACUAUUAGAGAGACCCUGCACUACGCUGCGGAGCUUCAGCUGCGCGGUAUGACCAAGCCCGCGAAGAGAGAGCGCGCGGAAGAUGUCAUGAGGGCAAUGGGCCUCACGCCUGUUGCAGACCACGUUGUCGGUGGUGAGACGGUCAAGGGUAUUAGCGGUGGUGAGAAACGUCGCCUAGCGCUCGCUGUCCAGCUGCUCGCAGAUCCCUCCGUGCUUCUCGCCGACGAACCCACCUCCGGCCUUGACGCGUUUUCCGCGCUCUCGGUAAUCGACGCCCUCCGUGCGCUCGCGCGUUCCGGCCGCACAGUCGUAGCCUCUGUGCACCAGCCGCGCUCGGAGGUCUGGACGCAGGUGGACGACGUAGUCGUGCUCGCCGCAGGUGGGAAGGUAGUGUACGCAGGCGACAAGAACGGCGUCGUCGACUGGGUGGACGGCGUCAGCGGCGUUCAGAUGCCCGAUUGGUGGAACCCCGCGGACUGGGUCGUGGAUGCUGUGUGUGGAGAGGGUCGAGAUGCGCUGGUCCAAGCGUGGCAGAAGGACCACGAGCUCAAGAAGGCGGAGGAGGACGCCCCUUUGUCUGAUGCGUUGUCCACGCCGAGCGGCCAUGCGGUGGGUGUGCCAAAGAGGAGCGCGUCGGAGUAUGCGCUGCCGGUGGUGCUCAGUCGCAGCUGGAAGAACCUGAGGAGACAACAGGACGUCUUCGUGGCGCGGCUUGCGAAUCCUCCAUUCCUUGUCUUGAUCUUUUGGAUGUUCUUUUUGCGGCUCGGGCACGGGCCUGCGAGUGCACAGGAUAGGAUCGGACUGUUGAUGGAGAACAGCGCUAUGCCGUUUGUCGGGAUGCUUGCGUCUAUUGCUAUAUACCCUGCUGAACGAGACGCGUUCUACAGGGAAUACAAGAACCCUGCUUCCCGUUAUAGUGCCGCUACCUUCAUCAUGUCGUACACGAUUCAGGAAGUCCCUAUGCAAUUUCUAGCUGCUAUGAUAUAUUCAGUCAUCAUGAUGGCGGGUAUGGGCCUGCAGAUCGACGCGCGGAGGUUCUUUGAGUUCUCGUUUGGUAUUUUUGGCCUGGUCAGCUUUGGAGAAAGCAUCGGGGUACGCUGGGUGAUUAACGGAGGCCUCUCCGUAUCGCUCGUUUCGUGCGCCUUGACAGUGCUUGCGCAGACGUGUGGGAUUAUCUCUGUCACGCUUCCUCGCUGGCUCGCAGUCAUUUCCUGGGGUAGUGCGCUGACUUAUCAAGCGCGUGUGGCCUUCAUCAACGAGUUCAGCGGUUUGGUCUUCAACUGCACGCAGGAGCAGCUUGCCUCCGGAGAGUGCCUUGCAGCUACGGGAGAACAGUUGAUCGAGACAUUCGGUUUCAAAGAUAGGAACACAGCAAAGUUCACCGCACUCUUGCUUGUGAUCUUGGUCAUCUAUAGACUGCUGGCAUAUGUGGCGGUUCGGGCAAGGGUGGCUCUCUUGUAA